GGCUUCAUUAGCUUAUUUAGCUAAAAGAGAACAACUUUUGAGGACAAACUACGAUUGUUGACUUCUACAUUGCGAUUAUUACCAAAUACCUACAAAGAAAAGCCCACUGAGGCCAUUUUUUCAUCCCACUUCUUCAUUGAGGACUGGAAACGAUAAAUUGUCCAAAAGCAGAGGAAAAUUUCCUGCUGAAGUGACUGAUGUCCACACUGUUGUAAAGAUGGCGUUUAUUAAAGAGGAGAGUGAAGAUGUGAAGAUUGAAGAAACAUUCACAGUCAAACAGGAAGAUCUGCAGGAACAAACAGACCUGAUGUUGCUGAAAGAAAAGACUCAUCAACAGAAUGAAAUGGAAGAGAAACAGCAAGACAUGACGACUGAUGAAAAACCUACACUGACGAAAAAGACUUUGUCACGUGGAAGACCUCGGAAAUCCAAACCUAGGUGUAAUUUCAGCUGUAAACAAUGUGGAAAAAGUUUCAGUCAGAAGCCAAAGCUUGAUGUUCACAUAAGAGAUCACACUAGGGAGAAAGCUUAUACUUGCAAACAGUGUGGAAAGAGCUUCUAUAAUACAAGAAACCUAACAGUGCACAUGAGAAUUCACACUGGAGAAAGGCCGUACACAUGCCAACAGUGUGGGAAAAGCUUCCAUAAAACAGGAAACUUAACAGUGCACUUGAGAAUUCACACUGGAGAGAGGCCAUACACAUGCCAACAGUGUGGGAAAAGCUUUCAAACUACAGGAAACUUAACAGUGCACAUGAGAAUUCACACUGGGGAGAAGCCUUACUCUUGCCCUCAGUGUGGAAAAAGUUAUAGUCAAAAUAGCAACCUUGAAGUCCACAUGAGAACUCACAAUGGAGGAAGAACUUUUGUUUGCACACAGUGUGGUAAAAGAUUUGUUAAAAAACAAAAUCUUGACCUCCACAUGAGGAUUCACACUGGAGAGAAACCUUACACAUGCACAGAGUGUGGUAAAAGUUUCCCAUAUAAAAGCACACUCAAACACCACAUGAUAGUUCACACCGGAGAGAAGCCGUUUGCAUGUGCGCAGUGUGGAAAGAGCUUCACAUGUAAUGCUAACCUCAGGAACCACAUGAAUGGUCACACUGGAACCAUAGUGUUCACAUGUGAUCUGUGUGGAAAGAGUCUCACACACAAAUACUCCAUAAAGAACCACAUGAAGACUCACUCAGGAGAGCGUUUUAUAUGCAUUGAGUGUGGAAAGGGCUUUAAACAUAAAAGAAGCCUCAGCAAUCACAUGGAGCUUCACAAUGGAGAGCAGAGUCCUCAAAAUUAAGGCCUUGUCCACACAAACAUGAGUAUAUGCAUAACAGCAGCCUUUUCAUGUAGUUUGGCUGUUAAUUGACGUGAGGUUUAUUUAUAAACUACUUUCGAGAGGAUCACAUGCUUAUGAUUGUCCACGGCUGGUUCCACAUUAACCAACACAUGAUUCACCAAUCAGACGAUUCCUAACUCACUAUAAAUAACCAGAGUUUCUAACCUUAGUUAUCUUUAUCUUGAGGAAUUCCCCUCCCACCCCUACUCCUCCUCCUUUCUAGAAUGGGCAACACAGCAGCCCAGUGAUUAGUAUUGUUGCCUCACAGAAAGAUUGUCACAGCAAGAAGAGCCCUCAUUGAACUGGUUGAUAUUUGUGGAGAGUUUGCUUAUUCUCCCCAUGCUCACAUGGGUUUUCCUCAGUUUCCUUCCACAGCCCAAAAACACGUAACCUAAGUAAACUGAACAUUCUAAAUUGGCACCGUAGUCAAGCUCUUAGAAGCCAUAUAUCUCCCUUUAGCCAUCUGGAUAUCUGUCAUUAGAACAGAAACAAGUCGGGGGAGUUCAUCAAGAUCUACCUGAGCUCAUACUCCUCUCUCACCCUGCUUACGAGAGGUAGCCCGGGGCUGGAGGAUGAUUGUUACGGUCCGUGGGAGUUUGUAUUUUUGUGCCUUCUCCCUCUCUGUUUUGCUUAUCUCCCUUCGCUCUCUUCGCAUCUCCUCGACUGUCAUUCGCUCUUUGUCUCGCCCUAUCACCUUUUGUUCCGCUACUUUUUCUCUACUAGGUACCUGCUGAUUGGAUCCCGAGCCUGUCACUCCUCAUUAGGGCGUUUCCUCGUGGACCAAUUGGAUUUCGUUCCACGGACUUUAAAUUCGACCGGCCCGCCUUGUUUUUCAGAGUGCUAUGUGUGUGCGUGUUGGUUUGUGUUCGCUUGCUGCUAUUCAUAAUGUAUGCUUUGUUCUGUGUUUCUGAAUAACUACAUCGAUGUAAAUUAAGUCAUGGUUAAAUAGUUUAUCAUUCUUUUUUGGGGAAAAGGGAAUAGUUUACUAAGCCACUUCACAUACAUUUUGCCCGUAGGUAACUUCAAUGUUCAGAAACACUAGGUAAGUGGGUGAGCGCCACAUUUUGUAUUUUUGCUUAUUAUUUCAGGGAGUUUAGGUGUUGCUUCGCAAACGCUGAAGAUUUUGGUUUCUUUUUCACAAUUUGAUUUUUAUUAGUAAGUUUAGAGAGGGAUCUUGUGUUCUAGUUUAGGUGGCUUUUGGUUUUGUUUAGUUCUUUGCUUUGGCGCCACUCUAGUUCCUUUUUCCCCUAAAACUUUUGAUUGUAUUUCUUCUUCUUUUCUUCUUCUUCUUCUUAUUAUUAUAUAUACAUUGUACAAAGCGCACACAUGUAAGCCUCUCUUUUGUUGGCUUCAUUUUUCUUCUCCUCAUAAAAGGAAUAAAUGAAUUGAAUGUAAA